AUGCCUUUUCACGUUCUUUCCACAAGUAAAUGCGGCCCUUUGCCGCUGUUCCCCAUCUCUGGCUCCGUGGCAGCCAUUCAAUUUUCAGUGCUUACAUAUCAUUUCAUCCGUCGCCAAAAAGACAACGGGCGUGGAGACGGACAGCUUACCGGUUACCGGUGCCUGGAGCGUUCUGCCCUCAUGCCGAAGCCUCCAGUGCAGGCUCUCGGUGGGCUGCCGGAGGACCAGAUUUUGUGCGAAUGGAAGGGCAUAUUUUCGGGGAAGAAUCCUACGAGUUUUCAGCCUGUUGUAUUGAUUUUGGAACAAUUUAUUUGGUCCAAGGCGGCAUCCCUGGCGCCAAUAGAGGCAUUGUGGGAGAAGGCAGGGCUGCGAUGA